AUGUGCAUAUAUGCAUGUACAUAUAGUACGCGAAUGCCUGACGGUGCACUUUAUGUACGUUAAUAAUCGCUAGUAAAAAAAAAUAUAUCGUAAAUUAAGUUCGUCAAGUGAUAUAAAUUUACAAAACCAAACAUAUUUAAAUAAAAAAGAAGAAAUGCCUCAAUAUUCGAUUAAAGUAAAAUGGGGAAAAGAAUUCUUUCCUAAUGUUGAAGUUAACACAGAUGAAGAACCAAUGUUGUUUAAAGCACAACUUUUUGCACUGACAGGUGUACAGCCAGAAAGGCAAAAAGUUAUGUUAAAAGGAAUGACAUUAAAAGAUGAUGAUUGGGGCAAUAUCAAAUUAAAAGAUGGUAUUACUGUUUUAAUGAUGGGUUCUAAAGAGGAAGAUGUACCAGUAGAACCAACUGAAAAGCCAUUAUUUUUAGAAGAUAUGAACGAAUCUGCAUUAGCUACUGCUUUAGAUUUACCAGCUGGUUUGACGAAUUUAGGAAAUACUUGUUAUCUUAAUGCAACGGUACAGUGCCUAAAAACUGUUCCAGAAUUAAGAGAUGCUCUAAAGAAUUUUUCAGGAGGACUCGCAGCUCCUGGUAGCUCAUCACUUGUACCUGCACAAAGUAUAACUGCUGCAUUAAGAGAUUUAUAUGAUAGUAUGGAUAAAGGAUCAUCUUUGCCACCUGUUGUCCUUGUUCAAAUGAUGCAUUUAGCAUUUCCAAGAUUUGCUGAAAAAUCUGAGCAUGGUGGAUUUCAGCAACAAGAUGCCAAUGAAUGUUGGACUGAGCUUAUUAGAAUGUUGCAACAAAAAUUACCAGCAAAGGAAAAUCCUGUUGCCUUAGAAAAUAAUGGACAAAAUUACAAGCCUCGUUCAUUGAUUGAACAAUAUUUCGGAGGAACAUUUGAUACAGAAUUAAAAUGUAUAGAAUCUGAGGAUGAACCUCCUACUAAGGGAAAAGAAGAGUUUUUACAAUUGAGUUGUUUUAUUUCAACAGAGGUUAAAUACAUGCAUUCUGGUCUUAGAAAUAAAAUGCAGGAACAAAUUACAAAAAUGUCAUCAACUCUUGGCAGAGAUGCAGUAUAUACGAAAACGUCAAAAAUUAGCAGAUUGCCAGCAUAUUUAACGAUUCAAUUUGUGCGUUUUUACUAUAAAGAGAAAGAAGCAAUUAAUGCAAAAAUUCUCAAAGACGUUAAAUUUCCUCUUGAAUUCGAUGUUUUUGAAUUAUGUAGCAGUGAACUUCAAACUAAACUAACACCAAUGCGAGAAAAAUUUAAGCAACAUGAGGAUCGUUUGGUGGAAGAAUCACGUAACAUAAAAAAUAGAAAAGAUAAAACAGAAAGUAAAAAGAAUGUCAAACAAGAACCAUUUUCGUUUCCAGAUGAUGUAGGAUCAAAUAAUAGUGGCUAUUACUCAUUACAAGCAGUUCUAACACAUAGAGGACGAUCAAGCAGUAGUGGUCAUUAUGUAGCAUGGGUUAGACAAAAACAUGACACAUGGUUAAAAUGUGACGAUGAAACUGUUAGCGCUGUAACUAGCGAAGAUGUAUUAAAACUUAGCGGUGGUGGCGAUUGGCAUUGUGCAUAUGUUCUUUUAUAUGGACCAAAAAUUUUAGAAGUACCUGAUACAGAUGACAAUGAUGAUUCAUCUGCUAAGUAAUAUUCUAUAAUCAACACGUAAAGACUAAAACAAAUGGGACACAAUUUCCAUCUUACAUCUGUUAGACAAAUGCAUUUUUUUUUUUUUUUUAUACAAAUGAAUGUCAAUAUAAUUUCAAUGUUAAGGUACUACAGAAUACUAUUCGUAAAAUCAAUGGCAGUUAUUUUUUACUAAAUUAUAAAAAUCUAAUAAUGCAUUAUAUAUAUCAUUUCUGCAUAAUGUGAGUACACAAAAGCUACACGUUCAUUGGUUCUGUACGCUUAUAAAUACAUGGUGAUAACGAAUCUUUGAAUUAUACAAAAAUACAUAAUUAUUGUAAACCAUUAAAUUGUUCUUUUAUAACAUUACAAUAAAAUUGCAAUUAAAAUUA